AUGAACACAAUCAAGAUGGCUACCCGUACCUACUUCACGACAUACCCUCACGUCUGGAACGACCCUCGUUCGAGACUCACGACUCCCGAAUCUAUCGAGGAGUCGGCCGGGGGAGGAGCCGACGAUGCUCCGACCCCGGAGCAAACCAAGAACAUGCUCCGGUCGGCCGCCAGGGCCGAAGCCAUCACCAAGGCCCUGUUCGAGCAGAUAUACGCUCCCAACACUCAAUCCUCUACUCCACCCGAGGUCGCAGCUCCAGGGUCCAAAGACUCCUCCGCCACUUGCACGCCCACCAGGCCCGGCUGCGUAGACUGCAACACCAACAACGGCGGGACCUCCUUCAAAGACAUAGACCAAGAAGCUCGCACCCUCGCAGAAUACGGCAUCCGCGAACCCCGCGUAAAAUCCCGCCGAUCCCGCUUCCUCUACGACAACCCAGCCGAAGAGCCCCUCCUCCGCAACGAACCCUGGAUCAAGAGAUUCUCCUACCUCGAAGACGGCAUCGAGGCCUCGAGGGGCUUCCAGAGACGCGCUGACAUCGUCGGCGGCCUCUCCAACGACGGGCAGAUUUCAGAGCUGGCUCUCCCGUCGCCUGCGCUGGCACCGACGGCGUCUUCUCGGUUCGAGGAGGAGUUGAGGCGGUGGUCUCUGGGCAGCGCUGCGCAUGGGGAUGGGUAUGAGCAUGAGCGUGAGAUCACUUCGGAGCGGCAUUAUUGCCUUUUCUGUCAUUCUGGUGGUGAUUCUGAGGGAGAGGGGUCGGAGUGUAGUCAGAGUGAUGAUGAGAUGAGGCGGGAGCUGGAAAAGGUGAAUUGGAAUAUUGAGCAGUGGGUUCGAGGCGUCAGUGAGUCCGGCAUAGACGGCGAGACGGCCCCCUCAUCUGCUGCCGGUGGUCCCGCCGGUGGUCCCGCCGCUCUCGCCGGAAGGUGCGGGGGAGUGGUGGCUGGAGCAGAGACAGGGGAAAGAAGGGAAUGGAGGUUGGAGGCGGAGGAGGACUGUUGCCCCUGGUCGGUCCUCGUUGCGGCUCUGGUGCUGAAUCUCGCGGGCAUCAUUUUCCUGCUCGCAUAUAUCGCGCGCGGGCUUUUGGCAGAGUGGCAGUGA